AUGGUGAAGGUUUACCUCGGGUCGACCUAUGACGGGCCUCUGAUUCAGCGCCUGCCAGAUGACGUUCAACUUACAGACCUGCCCGCCGUUCGUUCUUGGGCCGAAGCGUUGAGAGAUAAAGGUAUGGAGGAUGGACCGAUGACACCUCCAUGCCAGCCUCUCUCUGGUGCCAUACGACCGAGUCAAGAGGAGGGUUUUCUGGACCGGCUGUCCGAAAUGGUGGCGGACAUUCUUGCCUUGUCAUUAUUGCUUGCUGAAGGUACGAUCGGUCCCAAGAAGAUUGAUUGGCUUGUACUCUACAACCAAAACCGUUUCCGGUGGCCGGUCCAUCUUCCAAGCAAUGGUUUGCCGUCAGCCAUCAGGCCGCUUCUUCGAGACACCAAUCGAUGUAAAGCAGGUGACUUACUCCAGGAACUUUUCAAGCAUGUGUUCAAAUUAGUGGGACAUGAAGCGUCGGAGCACGUUGAUAAUGGUCGAUGGGUCGCAUCGUCGUUCCGGGGUCAAGUUAUUCUACCACGGUUUCUACUUGCUGAACCCAUCGAGAUUCCUACCAGCGGUUUUGCCUGCCUUUCUCUUUUUGCCGGAACUAUAUUGCUCGAAAAAGAGAAAGAUCGGAGAUUCCACUGGAUUCUUUCCGAAUAUCCAGGUCGUACCCAAUGGAGCUACGUUAGCGAAGAGGUGUCACCCAAGAGGCCUUUAUCUGCACGAACUAAUCCUUUCCCCGACGACAAGAUUGAGUGGCAGCUGACGAAAAAAGUGGACCAUUUGAUCUUCACUAUGAGAUGGGCGCGUGAAAAGACCAGUGGAUCGCCGCUGUCUUCGCUUUUUGGACUCGGGGUCUCAGUAAUGAUGGAGAAUUGCAGUCAUUCUGAAGGCACAGAUCUGGAACAACAGCGAGGUAUUUCCCUCAUAGGGCCAAAGUCAUGCCCGACAGUCAUGGUGGGCGGAGUCGACGAAGUCAGCGAGACCACGGUCUAUCUUUUACACGGCAACGAGGCGUUGAGAAUAUUUGCACUAGCUGCGAUUGGAACUUUUGAGGACAUGAGUUUCGAUGCUGAGGAAUCUGGGUCUCCCGAUGCACUCAUCAACAAGGGGGCUUGCAUAAAUUGUGCGGUGCGCGUCUGUGAGCUCCAGGGGAUCAGAUGUCUCAUUUUGUGA